CUUCAAUCUUCCACCAUCAUUCAACAUUUCCAAUCUUUCAAUUACAUCAACCAUCACUAUGCCAGGAAAAACACUCGUCAUCCUCGGCUCCGGCCCGGGAAUCGGCAUAGCAGUCGCCAAAGCAUUCGCCGUCCGAGGCUUCACCCACGUCGCUCUCGUGUCCCGCAAUGCAUCCCGCUUGAACGAAGACCAGGAUGCAGUGCUCGAUGCCAUCCAGGAACGCGGGUACAGCUGCCAGGUCAAGACGUGGACGUGCGAUCUGGCCGAUUUUGAUCAAUUGAAUAAGACGCUCAAUGAGAUUAAGAGUUUUGGCAGCUUGGAGUGUGUGUUGUUCAAUGCUGCGCGGGUUGCUGGGAAGCCGGCUUUUGAGGAGAGUAUUGAAGCCAUUGAGCAGGAUUUUCGACUGAGCUGUCUAUCACUCUACGAAACAGCGAAAUGGGCCAUCCCCGUGCUGAAGGAGAACGCAGCAUCGACACCCGACGCAUCCCCAUCCUUCUUCGUGACCAAUUCUUUCCUCUGGAAGGAGCCGCACCCGGGUUUGCCUUCUCUGUCUUUGGUCAAAUCCGCGCAGCGCACUUUGCUGCUGUGCCUGCAUGCCGACAUGGGCAAGGAUGUCCAUCUUGCCCUUCUCAGCUUGGGCGGGCCUGUGUCGCCGGAACAGAAGAACUUGAAUCCAGAGAAUAUUGCAAACAAGUGCUGGGAACUAUACAAGCAGCCCAAGUCGAGCUGGAGCCGAGACAUGGAACUCAACGAAUAGAUUGCGUGCCGUUGAUAGAGGCGUGUACAUCAUCAAUAUACAUAUGUAUUCAAUCUUUCCCGCAAUUUUGGCG